UGUCACAGCAGCGAUAAUGUCCUUUGAGAAUACGAACUGCAGUAGAUUUUUCUUCACUUUGCUUACUUUUACCAUAUAAUAAUGUAUUAUUGUGAGUGCUUUCUACAACAUUGAAGUUAGAGAAUUAAACAGACCAAGUAUUACGUGACAUCGCAGUCGUGCGGCUUUGCUCUCUCUGACACGCGGCUGCUCUUCGUGCAAGUGCAGGAUGAACCGCCAGUGCGCAAUGUGAAGGACACUGGGAAAUAUUCUGGACCGAAUAUAAGUCCGGUCCAUCCUCGGUCAAGAGGGUGGAGCAAUUUCUCAUCCGGGGAUGUCCAGCGGACUUGACGAAAAGCGAACUUUUUAUAUUAUACAUUCUAUGAUUGGAACCACAGAUUUACUCUUAACUUUGGAACAGGACAUGGGUCGUGGAGCGUCACGUUUCUCAAGUAAAUAAGAACACAAGUCUGCACAAGUACGUGUAUGGAGAAACGGCCCAGGACUCAGCAGCAAUAAUGUCCCUUGAGGAGUUAUCCCUUCAGUAUAAAGGACUUUUCCUGCCCAGAGAGACGCACUCAGAGGACAGCUUACAGUUCGUGCAUGAAUUCAAGUUUGAAGAUGACGACGUGUUAUCUGUUACGUAUCCAAAGUCAGGUACAACUUGGAUGCAGGAGGUCGUUCCUCUGAUCCUGAAUGAUGGAGAUCUAACUCCAAUCCAGACUAUCCCGAACUGGGACAGGUCCCCAUGGUUGGAGGAGACGAGGUUAUCUAUCGUAGUGGACAAGCUGAAAUCUCCCCGUGCGCUGACUUCACAUUUCCUCUAUGAGCUCAUGCCUGCCUCCUUCCAUCAGUCUAAGGCAAAGGUAAUCUAUGUGAUGAGGAACCCUAAAGACAUUGCUGUUUCAUUCUAUUACUUCCAUCAUUCAGCGUCAUUUCUGGAAGAUCCGGGAACAUUUGAAGAGUUUCUGGACAAAUUUCUUGAAGGAAAAUUGGUGUUUGGAAAAUGGACAGAUCAUAUAAAAAGCUGGAAAAACGCCAAGCUGAGAGAUCGUAUCAUAUACAUCACAUAUGAAGAAAUGAAGGAGGACCUGCCUGCUGUUGUGAGGAGCCUAUCCAGUUUCUUGGGGAAGAAUCUGAGCGAUGAAGUGAUCCAUAAGAUAGCACACCACUGCAGCUUCGAUGUCAUGAAAAACAAUCCCAUGUCCAACUUCAGUCUGGUACCAAAGAUUUACAUCGACCAUGAGAAAUCCCCAUUUUUGCGAAAAGGUGUCACUGGAGAUUGGAAAAACCACUUUACUUCUGAGCAGCUGAGACGUUUCUGCUCCACUAUCAAGAAAGAAAUGGAAGGAGAGAGCUUCACUUUGCCCUGGAGCCUGGAUUAACCACAGUGCAAUUAUGUUUAAGCUUUCAAAUCUUUAUUCAAUUAUACAUUAAUAAGGAAAUCAUGUAAUUUUCUUAU